AUUUGAAUUUCAGAAAGAGUGAAACACAAAAUUAUAUACAAAGAAAUACUAGAACACAUAAUUUUAAAUCUACGAGUCAUUAUGUCAUUGCUAAAACUUUUUUCAAAUAAUUUACUAAUAAAAACAAUGCAAUUGAAAGAAUACAUAAAAAAAAACCAUUUCGUCGAAGUUAUUGGAUCAAAUCAUAUCUGCAAAAACAAAGUGAUUGGAAAGCACAUUUACUAAAAGAAUUGCUAUAGAAUAAAAAUAAAACUGAUAUGCGAAAUUUUACUUAUAUGAAUGUUUCGCAAUUUGAAGGUAUUUUGUAUUUUAACAAUUGCACUGUGCUACUUGGACACUGAAAACGCUUAGUAUGUCAUGAAGAAUUAUCAAAAGUUUCCAAAAGGACCAUUGAUAUUAUGUGUCUGAGGUGCUAAAAACAUAAUUUUAGAGACUCAAGCAAAACUAUCUAAAGGCACAUUCGAUUUAAUUUGAUUAAUAUCGGUUCAAAUGAAAAGAAGCAUAUGACAGAACUACAUACUUCGACAGUUAUUUACAAAAUGAAAUAAAAAACCGAACUAAAUAUACGCAACAAUAGAACAAUAAUACCCGGUCAAGCAGUCUAUAUACCUUUUUUAAUCAACUAGCUGAUGAUACCAAUGCCAGAUGAUUACAAACACAAUUAUCAGUUGCUGGAAACUUUUUCUAACAUUGAAUUUCAGGACACCAUCUUAUAUAUAUAUAUUUUAAAAGUUAAAAAUGAAAUCGGAACCGCCAACGUUAACGUCAAUGUUAUUGACUUCACCGGUAACAGCAUUGAAUGGAGGUAGCAAUAUAUAUAAUACGCCAGUAAUAAAAGAAUCUACAUCAAGUAGCUCUCAUUAUAUAUCAAAUUUUGAGAAUAUCUUAGCGCCUGGAAAUGAACCUUCCAUGACAAAAGAAUAUAAGCCAAAAGUUGCUUAUAAAUUCGAAAAAUAUCUUAAUCCUCAUAAACUGAAACUGCACGUGUUAAAAAGCGAAAAGGUAUGUAAAAUUAUUGAGCAUUAUGCGAUUCAAAACAAAUGCUCCCCAGAAGUUAUAAAAGAGCAAGUUAAAGAUAUAAUCAACGAAAUCGGUUUGGAUCGUAGUUUAGCAAUUAUACGUUGGUGUGGGAUUGCUAUAACAGCUAUAGGAAAACGAAUAAGUUCCGGUAUUUAUGUGAAUACAGCUAGCAUCGAGAAAGUCAAAAAGAACUUAGGUUGUAAUCCAGUUCUAUAUUUACCUAGUCAUCGCAGUUAUAUGGAUUUUGUACUUAUGUCCUAUAUUUGUUUUAAAUAUGAUAUUGAAAUACCUGGGAUUGCAGCAGGAAUGGAUUUUCAUGCUAUGUUCGGUAUGGGUACGAUGCUACGUAAAACAGGCGCAUUCUUUAUGCGUCGAUCUUUUUCGAAUGAUGAACUCUAUUGGGAUAUUUUCCGUGAAUACAUUUAUUCUUUAGUUUCUGCGUAUCAUAUUGGUGUUGAGUUUUUUAUAGAAGGUACUCGAAGUAGAAAUUUUAAAGCUCUUGUUCCAAAAGUCGGAUUGUUUUCGAUGGCGUUGCUUCCAUACUUUACUGGAGAAGUGCCAGAUAUAACCAUUAUACCAAUAAGCAUUUCAUAUGAACGUGUACUUGAAGAGCAAUUAUUUGUCUACGAAUUACUAGGAGUUCCAAAACCAAAAGAAUCAACAAAAGGUUUCUUUAAAGCAUUAAAAAUUAUUGAUGAAAAUUUUGGAAAAAUGUUUGUUGACUUUGGUGAAGCAAUAUCGGUGAAAGAGUUUUUCAGUCAUACAAGCGUAGAUCGCAUGCAAAGAGCUAGUAUUGGUACACAUCUUCAAAUACUUAACAAAUAUGAAAUCGAUUUAAUAAAAAACUUGGCAAAUGAGAUAAUUUAUCAACAACAAUAUCGCAUUGUUAUAACAACAUUCAAUUUAAUAAGUUUAUAUUAUGCUAGUCGAAUAUAUUUGAAUUAUGCACCUAAUAUCGAUGAACUAGCGCGAGGAAUUCAUCAAUUGAAAAGUAUUUUCGAAGAACUUGGUGCGCAUGUAGCCGUCAAUAUGAAUCGAAUCAAGGCGGAUAUAAUUGAAACUGUUGAAAUACAUUCCAAUAUUGUGCAUUUUCGUAACGCUCGACUACAGUACACAAAAGUUGCUAUUGAACAAUUAGCACAGGAAAUUGAAACGGAAAGACUGAAAGCACACAUUUUAAAGCCUCAAAUAAUGGCUAUUGCAGUACCCACCUUAGCACUACAGUUGUACAUAAAUCCAUGUUUAUUUUGGUUAGCACAUCCGGCAUUUUUAAUUUUAUCCGCAUUACAGCUACGACAGGAACAUCAGCAAAAGAAUAUAAUUGAAAUUAGCUAUAAUGAUUUAGUUAUUAAUUUAAAAGCUCGAAUUGCUGAAUUGGAUAACAUUUUCAAACACGAAUUUAUUAUUGAAUCAAAUAGAGAAUCAGAGGAGUUCGAGCGCAAUCUCAGAUUAUUGAAAAUGCAGGGUAUUUUAAGCAUAUCCAAGAAUUCCGGACAAUUCGAAAUAUACGAAAAUGAUUCUAGUCGAGUGAUUUUAUCCGCCCUAGCGCCAUUUCUUUGUAUGUAUUAUCAGUUAGCUAUUACUUUGAAUAAGUUUUCUUCGGAAGCCGAAUUUACACCAAAAGAUGUACUCAUUCAAAUGCAAGAACGAAUAGAGAGUUUACUUCAGGAAAAUGACAGUUUAUAUGUACAUCCAUAUUGUUUUGCUCUAGAUAACUUAAAUAUUGCUUUGAAUGCAUUUAUUCAAGAUGAUUAUCUUAAAAAAGUCAAGGACACAGGCAUGUUACGACAUUCCAAUGGAAAGUCUUUAAAAAGCUUAGAAGAUCAAAUACUUGUGUAUUGUCAGUUGAUGCCAUUUAAACAAUAUUAUGACGCAACGGCUCAUUACUCAAUGCAGUUAAUGUCUUCUAAAUUAUAACCGCAAAGUUUUUGCAUGAUAAGUUUGUUUUCAUUUCUCAUUCAGUUUUUAUAUUCAUUGCUCAAAAAUUAUCUAAUCGUUGUUAUAUUUAUAGUCGUAGUUAUAGUAAUGCCAGCGUUUAGCUUUGUUAUAGGUUGGUUAAGUAAAGUUUUAUAAACAGAAAGUGUGUCCUAUAUUACAUCUAAUAGUUUGUGAUGUAAUUCAUAAUGUAAAUUAAAAUUUAAAUAUUCGCGUCAUACAAAUUUAAUUAGUCAAGCCAAAUGGUAUUUUGUUAGUAUUAAGUAUGGAUUAAUCUAAUAUAAAGAAAACUUAUAACUUAAUAU